GAGACACAUUCAAGCCUCAUGUCUUUCCAUGUUUUCCUUUUAGAUCCCAUGUGGACGACUCUUAAGCAAAAUCGAUAAACAGGAAGAGAAACUGGUAAUGUUCACCGAUCAGCCAGAAGAUUCUGAAAGAUGUGAAAGCAUGGAGCUGGACAAUAAAAUUCGUGAUCUGAUUGAGAGAAAUAUGUCUCCUGAUCUAAAAAGGGCCAUGCCAAGUCACAGAAAUACAUGUUCUCUGAAGUCUCCAGGAAAACCAGAUCGCAUGGCACAUUGCAUACAGGGCACAACCAUGAGCACUGAGGAACGUUCCACGGAGCAGACAGAGGGUGCUCAAUCAUCAUGCAGAAAGAACUUGACAGAUUCUCUAGAACAAAAGAUAAAGUGCUUGGAAAAACAGAGAAAAGAGCUCCUGGAAGUUAAUCAGCAAUGGGAUCAGCACUUUAGAAGUAUGAAAGAGUCAUAUGAAAGAAAGGUCGCCGAGCUGAAAACGAAACUGGGCGCGGCAGGAAGACUCCAGGGCAUGCUGGAGACGGAGCGGCAGCAGAGGCGGAGCGAGAGCGAGCGGCAGCGCGACCAGACUCGGGAGCGGCUGCGACGCGAGGAGAAGGAAAAGGAGAACCUAAAUAAAGAACUACAUGAAUUGAAGAAGGAAAACAAGCUUUUGAAGGAAAAAAAUGCUCUCUCAAACAGGAAGAAGGAACAUUAUGAAUGUGAGAUAAAACGCCUCAACAAGGCUCUCCAGGAUGCCUUAAAAAUCGAGUGUUCUUCAUUUCCUGAGAACUGUUUGGGCAAGUUUGAAAUGGAGUGCAACCAUGAGCAGAUGAGAACAGAAAUGGAAGUUCUCAAACAACAGGUACAAAUAUAUGAAGAAGACUUCCAAAAGGAACGAUCAGACCGAGAAAGACUUAAUCAAGAGAAAGAAGAGCUACAGCAAAUUAAUCAAAUGUCGCAAUCCCAGUUGAACAAGCUGAAUUCCCAGAUAAAAACCUGUCAGAUGGAGAAAGAAAAACUAGAAAAGCAAUUAAAACAGAUGUAUUUCCCAACCUGUAACUGUGACCUGGGAUUCCUGCGGGAUCCACAUGUACCAGCAGGCCCUGGGACUGUGCAGGAUCUACAGAAGCACCCUCCUGAUUGUCAAUGGUACGCUCCUGACCAGUUUCCGCCAGAUGUGCAGCACAAGGCGAAUGGUUUCUCCUCAGAAAAGAAAAUCAAUCAAUAGGAAGAUACACAAGCAGAGGAGCACACAGACAGAGGGAGAGCUUGGCUGGUGGCCCUCAUUUUUCUUUUUACGGUGUCUUGUGUCUGCCACAACUGCACGUCAUCUACUCCAUCACUUGUGCCUAGUAAUGUUUCCUUCUGGUGUGAAUAGAGGAAAAGACUGUGACAGCUGAGAUCCUGAUCAGGUCUGAGGAGCCAGUAUAACACAACUAAACACAACUUCCAGUUUCCUCAAAGGGAGAUUUGGCUGAUGGACUCUGCAGCCCUCCUUGAAGCUCUCUUCAGCAUGUCACUGUUGAACUUACGGAGAUAUGUUCAUGAUUCCAGGGACUCCGCUUUGGGUGCAUUGACGUUGUAUGUUGAUUUAAAUAUGUAUUCCCUGGGGGAAAUUUUCUGCAGUUGCAAAUUUUUAACAUUGCUCCAAUUAUUUUUAUAGGGGCUUCAUUCUUUAGCCAGUUUUGUUAGCUACCACGUUCAGCAUUGUUGGUCCCUGUGCACCUAUAAAUAGGAGAGAAGAAGUGUAUAUACUUCCUUAAACUAAAUGAAUGGCUCCAUCAGAAUAAAAUGGUAGACUUGAAA